ACAACAAUAACAAUAAUGGAAAGAAAGUAAAAGAAAAAGAAAAGAACAACUCAGGUGGCAUUGUGCGUUAGAGCAUCUGUCACAUUUGUCCUCGACAUCUGGGUAAAUUUGAGACAAUCUAUAUUUAGAAAAAUGCACAGUUGUGACUUUAAACUGUAUUCACAACACUAUCCCACCACACGUCCCCAGGCUGAAGUCCCAGAUCUCCCUCCCAAGCCGCCAUUGUUUUGGAGGUAGUUUGGUCACAGAAAUCCAGAAUAUGUUUAUAGAUCUCAGAAACAGCACCUUUUCCUUGUGAUUUAUACGUCAGCAAACCUUCCCAGUGUUGGAGAGGUGGCGCUGUUGGAAAGCCAGAAAAACAUUUUUGAAAAAAAUGCCUAACUUGAAAAUAUCUAAAGAGGUGGCUGGCAGGUAGCCCAUAUAAUGACGACAAAUUAGCAAAACUGUGAAAAACUUCUCAGAGUAUAAGUCAAGAAAACAGUGUACACCUUUGCUAUACCACACUGAGAAAAAAGAAUCCAGACACGAAGGGGGAAAAAGAUGAUACUUAACGGAUCUAAAGGAGAAGCAGUUACAAACUAGAAAUGUUUCCCAAAUUGAUACCAGAUUUUUAGAGUAUUAAACACAAGAGAACUUUUAACAUACAAAGAAAUUUUAAUUGGAAGAGAAGAGUAUAUAAGAGCAGGUAUAGAGGAUGAGGACGAACAUGACUGGGCUUCUAACUUACACCAUGCUAAAUGAGGUGACUCAACCCAGCACCAUAUCUUAUGGAUGUGUGCUGCCCAGUAAUAGAACUGAAAAUUUGGUAUUGCCAGACCACCGCUAGACUUACAUCUCUGGAGUAAUGACUUACACUGGACAUCCACCAGACCAAAUGAAAGCAUUAAUCGUUUUAUCUAAUAAGUCAAAGAAAUGUUUAGGUAAGAACAAUGGGAUUGUUAGAAAUAAAAAAAGAAAUUUAGGCAGAACAUUCAUUUUAUAUCAUUAAUCUUCCCAAUCAGAGACAAAGGCAGACUAUUCCAUCUCUGAAGGUCAGACUUCAUUUUAGUUAUGAGUGGAGUAAAGUUUGCAGAAAAAAGACCUGAGAAUUUACGAGUCACAUUAAUACCAAGAUAUCUAAAUCCAGCGGGACUGAUUUUGAAGGGCAUGUCAGGAGCUUAAGUUGGAUAACAUUCACUCUUCUGAAAAUUUAAUUUAUAUCCAGAAAAGGAGCUGAAUGUAUCAAGAGUAGACAAGAUACCAGGCAGACCAGAUACAGGGUCAGAUACAUAGAGCAACAGAUCAUCUGCAUACAACGAUAGUCUGUGUUUGAUGCCGUUCCUAGUGACGCCUUUAAAUAAAGUAGAGGAUCGGAAUGAAAUGGCCAAUGGUUCAAUGGCCAAGGCAAAUAAAGAUGGAGAGAAAGGGCAGCCCUGAUGUGUCCCACGUUUUAAUGGGAAAUACUCUGAACGCACAUUGUUUGUCUGAAUGCUGGCUUGAGGCGAUGUAUAAAGUAAUUUCACCCAACUAAUAAAUUUAUUACCAAAACCAAAUUUUUUAAUACAGCGAAUAAAUACUCCCACUCUACCCUAUCAAAUGCUUUUUCGGCAUCCAUUGAAAUCAAAAUCUCAGGUACCGUCUCGGAAUAUACUGUAUGAAUAAUAUUUAAAAGAGUGUGAGUAUUAAAAAAUAAAUGACGUCGCUUAAUAAAACCAUUUUGCUCCUCAGAAACAAUGCUGGGCAACACUCUCUCUAAGCACAGAGCUAUAGUUUUUGCCAGAACUUUAACAUCAGCAUUUAACAAAGAUAGAGGCCUAUAGGAACCACACAAAGUCGGAUCUUUGUCACUCUUCAAAAGAAGAGCUAUCGAAGCUUGGGUCAUAGUAGUUGGGAGCAAACCAUUUUCCAAGGAUUCAUUAAACACUGUCUCUGUUUGAUCAGAGCAACACAAGUCAAUCUCAUGAAUACAGAAUAGGCACUUAGUGCUCUCCUCCAAGCAUGUUCAUCAAUCUUUGGUGUCACAUGAGCAGCAGGUUGAAGAGAUUCAUGAGACUAUGAGAAAAGAUUCAUUGGCACAUGCCAUAGUACAAAAUACUUAUUUGUACCUAAGUAUUAUGAAGAAUUUUAAACUGAGCAAAAAUGUAAUUCAUGUAUUCAUGUAAAAAUAAAUUUCCACACAAUGUUUAUUGUUGUCAUUUCAUUCUUAGUUCCUAAAACUAAUAUGUUUAUAAGUGAAGUGGAUGCAGAUUUUUGUCCCCUACAGAUCUGUGACAUAUAGCAACUGUUGCAAUAGUUUUACUUAUAAAAAACCCAUUAAACAAACCUGAGAGGCGGGGCAUGUGGGUUUAUUGCCCAGCCUUGGGGGCAGGACAUAUCUGAUUAUAUAGAUAGCUUUGGUAAGAGCACAACUGCUGUCCAGGUUCCUCAAUCGUCAGUAUUGCAGUGUGAUCGAGACACUGUCUCAGGACCAUGGAGAACUCAGGGAUCGUGAUCGGAGUGCUGCUCAUCACUCUGUCUUUCAUCAUGUGCAAGGGACAACAUUUACCUGAGACAUCUGCAGAGGACUUGCAGAACUCUGACAUCAAUCCUGACAAGGAGAUGGUUGAAGAGAUGGAGGAACUCCUGUCAAGGCUUCAGAACAGAAUUCUUUCAACAGAAAAACGCGGCAUUCCAGCAUGUGCAUUCGGCUCCCGCUGCGCGAUGAGGUUUGGUCCUCGCUUUGGGCAGCUGUGUGAAUGUAGCCGAGGCUCCUAUUGCAACUCGUACCUGCUAAAGUGCAUCUGAGACAUCAACAGGAGGAGAUCUAUCCUGAUCUCUUGUUUUAACAUUUCCAUAAACAUGACCACUUACUCAGACACAAAAAUGCGUUACUUAAAAAAAAAAUGCAAAUAAGUGUGUAAUUCUGUAUGAUUUAUGCCCUUACCGAGCUAGUGAAGCAUGUAAUUUAUAUACCAAAUAUUGCUUCCCAAUAGUUCGUGAAUAUUUUCAGUAACAUUUUCUGUAUCUUAACACUACAGCUUCAUGCACCAUAAACAAUAUUACUUUGUGACAAGACCUGAAUUUCUUGCAUGUUGUGUGUUUUAAUGUUUGCAGUUGUGUAGCUGUUGUUCCUGUACAAUCUUAAUCGAUGCAUAACAUGUAAUGACUCAUGCAGUACAUUAAAUUGCACAAUUAACCCAUGCUCUUAUUGAACAAACUUCUGUAAGUGUUUAAUGCUUUGCUGUGUUGAUCUGUUCUUGUUUUUUUUAACCAUUUAUUCUUACUGGAUGUGUAAAAGGAUGUUCUACCAGCUUGUCUGCAUCAUUAUUAAUGCAUGGGAAAACCUAUUAUUCCCCUAAAGACACUAUUGACUAUUAGCUGCUGAAACAACAAUUAUUUGCCUCAGGAAAUAUUCUGAAUGCAUAGUUAGCACAGAUAGUGCAGUACAUACUGUAGAUGCCAAAGAUCAGCAGACCAAGACCAAUUAACUCUACACAGCUGCUUUGGGAAUCUAGAAACAUGAAAAAUAAGCAUUCAGAAUGGGAAAAACUUGACAUUACUAAUCACUGACCAUUGAGUACGUGUAGCAAAUCUUUAUGAGUCAAUAAACGUACAAAUUACUUCUUCA